AAAUUCGAAAGUGAAAGUAAAACUGCGACAACUAGGCACAGUACAUGUAUUGUUCUACGGUCUUGUCGGGGGAAGAUCAGGUCUAGUUAUUCGCAUAAGUGUGAUUGAGAUAUAUGAUAAAGGAUUGUAAUCAUUAUUUUCUGAACUAAUAUUUCCCGACUUCAUUUGGAUGUCGUGAUUUUUCAGAGAUUUUACGCACGACAUGCCACCUUGCGUUAUUGAAAAAAACAGCUCGAGGGCCCUGUAUACAGUUAUGUGGUUGUACAUAUUGGCAGCUUGGGGUGUGUCUCUCUCCACUGCCACUUCUGAAAUGUUCACGUGUUCGGUACCCGUGGAUCCGGUCUCUGCACGGUUGGGACAUGUUGCCACCAUGCCAUGCUGGCUCACCCCUUCCAUGAACGCAGAGGGCCUGGAGGUGCGUUGGUACCAGCCCAAAGAUUUCGACAACCCGGUCUUGCACUACAGAGAGAGGAAGAUCCAGGAAGCAUCACAGCAGUCCCAAUACGUGGGCCGCAGCUCCCUGGGGCUCCGGGAGGUUACAUCAGAAGGGCUGAAGGGAGGGGAUGUGACGUUGAAGCUGGUUAAUGUCACUCUGAGAGACCAAGGGGAGUAUGUGUGUUACGUCAGCAGUAACCAGGGGUAUGAGAUUGCCAGUGUCUUUCUCAAUGUGACUGUGAUGGGCACCCCUCCUCUCCUCUCAGCAGUCAGAACAGAUGCUGACUCUGUGAAUGUGAGCUGUGUUUCCCAUGGAUGGAAGCCAAGGCCCAGGCUACAGUGGUCAGAUGGGAGGCAGACUCUGAAACCUGAGAAGCUGGACUACAGCAGUGGUGCCCAUGGUCUGGUGUCUGCCCACAGCUGGGUCCUCUCUUCCUCCUCCAGUGCUCCCUGGGUAUCCUGUUCUCUGGUUCUGUCUGAAGGGGAGGAGAUGGAGGGAAGAGUAGACCUACGGAACCUUGCGGCUGUACCAGAGACUUCAUCAGGACUGCAAACAGCUGUCAUCAUUUUAGCUCUACUUCUGCUCCUGUCCGUUGUCUUCAUCGGUGUGCUCUACAAAAAGAGAGGAAACAAAUCAACACAUGUGCUCAAAGGAGAUAUAGUGGAUAUCGAGACUAUGAGACAACCUGAAGAUUUAGUGGAUAUAGAGAAUAUGAGACAAGCUGGAGUGGAUGUCACAUUGGAUCUCAAGACAGCUCCUCCUUAUCUGACAGUUGGUUUAACUGGUAAAAUUGUGAGAGACAGUAAAGAUAAUUCAUGUCCUCCGGGUGAGCAUGCUUAUAUACUUGGAACUCAUGGUUUUACCUCGGGCAGCCAUGCUUACUGGGAGGUUAGACUGGAUAAGGAGAAGGUAGGUGUUAAAGAAUCCUGGUGGGUUGGACUGGCAAGUGGGCUUGUUAAAAGACAAGGUGAUGUACCAGCCACACCUUCCAAUGGUUUCUGGUUCCUGUCCUCAGACAAAGAGAAAGGCUUACGGCUUAAUAUGGCCCCCGACAUCCUACUUCCUGCCAAUCCUAGACCUCAGAUACUAGGUGUGUAUUUGGACUAUGACCAAGGAGUACUCUCUUUCAUCAACGUAAAAGACAAUAAACUGAUUGUCACUGUGAGAGCCAUGUUCAUUGGGGAGCUGUUUCCUCUUUUUAACCCAGGUCAAGGUGACACAGCCCCUAUGACGAUAUUAGAUGCUAGCCACUAUAAAACAAAACCUGUAGAAGUUUCUGUUUCUGAAAGAGAGAGUAAAGUCGCUACACCUGCUGAAGAGGCUGAGACUGAUGCCCUUCUAGCUUCUAACCAUAGUCGCAAUCAUCAGACUUCUGAAUCCAAAGACUGUCUUUAAAUGUCUGUAACACAAUGAAAACUACAGCACUAUAUAUUAACACAUUGUUUUAUGUAUCUAGUGCACUUCAUAUUAGGGUGUGUACAGUAGUAUUCUGCACUGGUCCAAUUCAUCAUCAUCUCCUUGCUCUUCUCCUUUGUCUGCAGUGCAAUUGGAUUUGAUUUGACUACCGUGGAAACAUAUGAUUGGUGAAAGCAGUGUAGUAGGUGGAUGUAGUGGAAGGAUGGAUGGAUAUAUAUUGUAGAUGGAUGGAUGUAGUAGGUAGAUGGAUGUGGUAGAUUGAUGGAUGUGGUUGAUGUAGUGGAUGGAUGGACGUAGUAGAGAUAUAGUAGAUGGAUGUAGUGGCUGGAUGGAUGUAGUAGCGAUAUAGUAGAUGGAUGUAGUGGAUUUAUGGCUGUAGUAGCGAUAUAGUAGAUGGAUGGAUGUAGUAGAUGGCUGGAUAUAGUGGAUGGAUGUAGUAGAUGGAUGGAUGUACCGUAGUAGAGAGAUGUAGUUGAUGGAUGGAUGUAGUAGAUGGAUGUCUACAUGGUGUUUGGUUUGACCAUCCCCUGUUUUUCACAGCAGUGCAGAACAGGAGACGGAAAGAGAAGCUCCUUGCAAUAUAGCCGCUUUCUAAGGUGCUCACUAUUAUUAUUUUAAUGGUAGAGCCAUCUGGUGACAUUUCAUUUGAAACCGUAGAUUUUCCCCUGUUACAGUUUGCAAUAUAGAGCAAUGUACUGCUCACUAGAAAAUAUCAGAUUAUACUGACUGGAAUAUGUGCAUUUAACAACAAAAAAGAGUUGGCUCUUUUUUCAACAGCCAACUGGAAAACUUAGCCAUCUUUCUAGGGCUCCAUCUUUCCGACUUGAAGUUCAUUGACUUAAUGAUUUGACCUCGUUUUUUUCCCCAAGUUCCCAGUUAUCUUUGAAGCAACAUGAAAAUAAAAAGCGAAUUAUUUCAAUUUACGCUCAGCUGUGAGUCGCAAGUGCUACACCAACUGAUCUAUUUCGUCAAUCAAAGCUUGAGAUUUGAAAUGUAAUAUUGUCUGAGAGGAACAAUAUUGGCAGUCUAGGGCCGUAGCCAAUAUCCUCUGAUAAUGUAUUAGGCCUCCUGAAAAAAAUCUAAUUCCUAACAGAACUGUUUUUAUAAUGUUAAUGUAAAAAUCUUCAAAUCAUGUUAAAAAGAAAAAAAUCUGAAAAGUUGAUCUCGGCAUGCAAUAUGUUUUCUGGUUGUGGGAGUCUCACCUGGUCCAAUGGUCAAACAGAAACAGUUUUCUUAGCCUGCGUUUACACUAUUUGGUGUUUUGACCAAUCAGACCAGGUCUGAAAAGAUCUGAUGAGAAAAUAUCUGAUGUAAUUGGUCGAAAUACCAAUUAGUGGGAAAAAAUAUGAAUUACUGAGGAUAAUAGGCCACUCCUAUUUGCCAUAGCUGUAUACCAUCUAUUGCAUCUUGCAUCUAUGCCAUUCGAUCAUCGCUCAUCCAUAUGUGUACAUAUUCUUAUUCCAUCCCUUAACUUAGAUUUGUGUGUAUUAGGUAGUCGUUGUGGAAUUGUCUUGGCCAGGUCGCAGUUGUAAAUGAGAACUUGUUCUCAACUGGCCUACCUGGUUAAAUAAAGGUGAAAUAAAAAAUAUAUUAAAAAAAUUAAGUCAUUGAGACAUUUUACAACAAAUUUAGACAUUUUACAACAUGUCACAAUCAAAUCAAAUCAAAUUGUAUUUGUCACAUGCGCCGAAUACAACAGGUGUAAACCUUACAGUGACAUUCUUACUUACAAGCCCUUUUUCAACAAUGUUGUUUUAAGAAAAAUACCCCCAAAAAACAAGAAAUAUAAGUAACAAAUAAUUAAGAACAGCAGUAAAUAACAAUAGUGAGGCUAUAUACAGGGGAUAUACCGGUACAGAGUCAAUGUGGAGGCUAUAUACAGGGGAUACCGGUACAGAGUCAAUGUGCGGGGCACCGGUUAGUCAAGGUAAUUGAGGUAAUAUAUACAUGUAGGUAGAGUUAUUAAAGUGACUUAUGCAUAGAUAAUAACAGAGAGUAGCAGGGGGUAGAAGCCUCUUGAACCUAGACUUGGCGCUCCGGUACCACUUGCCGUGUGGUAGCGAAAGACAACAGUCUAUGACAAUUUUUAGGUCCUUCCUUUGACACCGCCUGGUUGUAAAUUGACAGUUAGAUUUACAGGUUAUGUCGUUGUCUUUUGUUUGAAUUAUUUACAUGUCCGCUGUGCGGGGGAAAUGAUAAUGAAAGCGGAACUACGUAGCUAAUACUGUUGUAUCGGGGAUCCUUAUUGCAGCAACACACUUUUGGAGGGAAGGCAAUCCUGCGCUGCAUUAGCUAAGUUUUCAUGUCAUCGAGUGUAGUUCAUAAAGGUUGAAGAGUGUAUGUUAGGAUGAAGUGUGAAUUCAUGCCAGGAAUAAUAAGUGUGAAGUUUGAUUUCCUCCCUUCUGUAAUAAGCAGCCAAUGAGGUAUUUUUCCUUCAUACAUGUGUUUAAUCUGAACCCGUUAUAACGCCGGUUAUACUGUUUAUGUAUGUAAGCACUUCAGAGUUAUACCAAGCUAAUAAGUCACUCGUAAGAUAAGGUUGUAAGAGUGUGCUUAACUGUAUUUUUCAUUUACUUUAUAGUUCUCACGGAAGGUGAUAAUUCUGACUAAAACUACAGAAUAAAACCGCCAGUUAAAAUCAAGGAACGGUUGUGCUCGUGGUUACAGAAGGGAGCUACACUGGUAUAGAGGUCCUUGAUGGCAGGAAGCUUGGCCCCAGUGAUAUACUGGGCCGUUCGCACUACACUCUGUAGUGCCUUGCGGUCGGAGGCCGAGCAGUUGCCAUAUCAGGCAGUGAUGCAACCAUACUCUCGAUGGUGCAACCAUACUCUCGAUGGUCCAGCUGUAAAACCUUUUGAGGAUCUGAGGACGCAUGCCCAAUCUUUUUAGUCUCCUGAGGGGGAAUAGGUUUUGUCGUGCCCUCUUCACGGCUGUCUUGGUGUGCUUGGACCAUGUUAGUUUGUUGGUGAUGUGGACACCAAGGAACUUGAAGCUCUCAACCUGCUCCACUACAGCCCCGUCUAUGAGAAUGGGGGCGUGCUUGGUCCUCCUUUUCCUGUAGUCCACAAUCAUCUCCUUAGUCUUGAUCACGUUGAGGGCGAGGUUGUCCUGGCACCACACUGCCAGGUCUCUGACCUCCUCCCUUUAUGCUGUCUCGUCAUUGUUGGUGAUCAGGCCUACCACUGUUGUGUCGUCGGCAAACUUAAUGUUGGUGUUGGAGUCGUGCCUGGCCGUGCAGUCAUGAGUGAACAGGGAGUACAGGAGGGGACUUGAGAACACAAUCUGAACGUCUGGGAACAUUUUCACGUUAGGAAUAUUUUUUACACAUUAGUUAGGAUGUUUUAAUUUUUGAUAGGAUGUUUCCAAAUAUAUAUUUUGUGAUUUUUCUUUAGUAUUGACAACAUUUCUAAUUCCAUGUAUUAGCUACAUUUGUAUAAUGUCAAGUAAAAUGUAACGUGGCAGUUAAGAAUGUGUUUCUCGUAAAUGUAAAAAAUUUAUGACAUUUUUUACAAUGGUUUUAUUUUUCAGUAAUGUUGUGGUAGUGCUACUGUUUUUCCUGCAUUAUGUCAACAUAAUGUAGCAAAUACUUCAGAAUUUUUACACUUAAUAAGUUGUCACAUUUUUUUAUUGUUGAUUAGUAAUUAUGUACACUGUGCCAGUAUGAUAUUGUAAAUGACAAAAAAAAGGAAUAAAAAACAAAUGGCGUCAUAAACAAA